ACAUUGAUGAUUUAUAGGUUCGUUCUUAUUGCAACUGAUUAUGUCUAUUGCUCAACAAGAAUUUUUGUUUUUACUUUGUUAUAGAGACAUCGGUUGACUCGAGCAGUUCGAAAAUCAAUUUUUUUUUUUUUUUGUAAGAAAAAAAAACAAAUAUAGCCACAAUGCUUGCGAGAGUUCUUACAAAGUUGUCGAGAGUUCCCAAACUAUCACCAAACUUUUCACCGCAAGUUUGUUUAAUCUACGAUGAUCCAUAUUCAAAAAAUCCAAAAAAAGAAGACAGAUCCAGAUUUUCAAAAACAGACAAUGAUGAUUUAUCGGACCACUUUAAUACUCCCUCUCCAAUGAAUAUAUUAUCAUUUUUAGAAGAAAAUAAAGACGAUUUGAAAAGCCAAGACCUCCAUUAUGCUAUAGGGAACUUUUUAAAAAUUUACAAACAAGCACUUACAGAACCAAAUGUAGAUCAAUCCAACAUUUGGAAUCAACUUGGCUCUUUGGAUAGUUUUGAGAAGACUAUGAAUCCACAUAUAGAUAAAUUAUCAAACUCAGAUUUAAUUUAUUUUCUGCAGGUAUUGCUCAAAAUGAAAAUACCUUCUUCAUCUAAAAUAUUUUUCUCUGCUCUACAAAGUCUUUUACAAUCAGUAGAUAAAUUUUCUAUUACUGACUAUGGUACAGUGUCACGUAUUAUUAACAGAAUUCCAUCAAGUCCGUUGACCUUCAAGUUAAGGACUGUCAUGAAGCAAAAGUUCAUUGUAAAAGUAUCAAUGAAUUUGGAUAAAAAAAAUAUAGAUCAUUUGACAAGUGGAUUAGUAUUUGCAGCUCAAAACUCAUGCAAUAAUUUAUUCAAAAUAUUUUUAACUCAUUUUGAAAAUUUUCAAGACGAUAUUCCUUUAGAAAAUGCUAAUUUAAUAAUGGAAGCUAUACUAAAAGCAAAAGUGCCAUCAAACAGUAUUGUCAAGGCAUUGAAAAAAACUGAAAAUGCUAUUAUUAAUCAUAGUGACGAAUUAAACAUGGGUCAAGUAAAUUUCAUAACACUCUUAUUAGAUAUCAAACUUAAGAACACAAAGGAUGAAGUAUUUUAUAAUCCAUACUUUCUAGAUCUGAUGGCUAAGAAAUUUAUACAAAAUGAUUGGGGCUUUGAAGGUACCUUGAGUGCUAUUAGAAAUCUCACAAAUAUGCGGCAUUACAACAAAGAAUUAGUAAAUUAUGGAUGUGCCUCGUAUUUUGAAAAAAGGACUAUGAAACAGGAAUAUAUUGGAAGUGAGAUAAAGAAACUACUUGUAUUAAUCACUGGUUUAUCUCUAGGUAGUCAUAAAACAAUAUUUUGGAUAGACAUAGAAAAAUCUUUAAAAGAAGCAAAAUCAUUGGAAAGUUUUGAUGAUGAGACUCUAUGCAUCUUAUUAGCAAAUAUGUUGAGUUUAGAUUCAUAUCCAGAAUACUUAUUAAAAAAAUUUUUCGAUAAGGAAAGAAAUUACAAUCAAAAUGAAUUUUUACUUUGGACAUUUACUAAAAUUUAUCAAAAAUUGAAAACUAAUAAAAAUUACAAUGGUCCGCUACCAAGUGAUCAGCAAAUGAAACAUUUGGAAUCCCAUAAUGAUGAUAUGAUUAAAAAAGUUAAAAAACGUCACAAUAGACUAUAUCCUUAUUUGGAAGAAGGGCUUGGUGGAUCGAAAUUCAUAAAAUCUGGCGUUAAAACUAAAUUAUUUCAUGUUAUUGAACAUGUUGUAGCUUUUCAAGCAAAUCCAACAUUAGAUCCAUGGGAUAUAAAUCAAAAUAACGAGGGUGACGUUUACUUAGAGGAUUUGCAAGUACCAGAAGGAUGUAAAAUAGUUCCUAUCAUAACUGUUUCUGACCAGUGGUAUACGAGAAAUACAAAUGAGUUGUUGGGAUUGCAUAGAAUAGAAAUAGAUUCAUUAAGAGCCAUGUCUUAUCCGGUUGUUGUGAUAAAUAGAACUAGCUGGAAGAAGAUGCCACUCGCAGAAAAAACAAGCUUUUUAAUGGAGCAAAUAAAAGCUGUACUUUAAAUGUAAGAUGUGUUGUGCCAUCAUAGUGUUACAAUAGCACUAAAAUUUAUAUUGGAAUGAUCUUGUUAUAAAUUGUUGACAAAAUAUUUUGUAAAAUAUUGUA